GGAGUACGGUAGUGUCCUUUUUCAUCCCAUCAUGAUUACGAUUUAAGCGAACUGGAGCUUUUCAGCGUAAGCGGUGGCCUUUUAGGAUUUGGUCCCGGUUGUGUAACAAGUUCCGUUCCACGCAAAAGUUAGCGUUCUAAUACCUAUCCUCAGCGUAAUCAUUCCCCGCACAAAAUGCAUCCAACCCUUGAGUAUCUCAAAAGCCCGGAGCUGGUUGUGAAGGUACAGGAAUAUUUCGGCAUCGAGUACCAGAAAAGUGAUCCCUUAUCCAAAAACGGCAAGAUAACCGGCACACAGAACGGCACGGCCAAUGGUACAGGUGUGCCGAGCAAUGGGUACAGCACCGUGAAUCAUGCGGAUAGGAAGAAGAUCGAUGACAAUGAUAAUGCUUAUCGGGUGACGAAUUACUUCUGGUACGUGCUGUUCAUCGUCGGCACCGAGCUGGGCGAUGAGAUAUUCUACGCCACGUUUAUCCCGUUCUGGUUCUGGAACAUAGACAGUGCCGUUGGCCGCAGGGUCGUUAUGGUAUGGUCAGCGAUUAUGUACGUAGGACAAAGCCUUAAGGAUAUUAUUCGAUGGCCCCGACCAUCCUACCCGGCUGCUCGGUUGCAGAAAAAAUGGGGACUCGAGUACGGAAUGCCGUCCACACACGCGAUGGUCUCGGUCGCGAUACCCUUUUCCGUGCUGAUUUAUACGUACGAUCGGUACAUUUACUCUAUGCCGGUUGGAUUGGCAAUAGCGUGCGUGUGGUGUGCCGUCAUAUGCGUCAGCCGUGUUUAUCUAGGAAUGCACAGUGUGCUGGACAUUAUUGCGGGACUAGUACUAGUCGUAUUGUUGAUGAUCCCACUGAUCCCUAUCGUAGAUCGAUUGGAUCUUAUUAUCGUCACCUCGCGCUGGUCGCCAAUAUUCGUAUUUACCAUAUCAAUUCUACUGAUCGUGUUCUACCCCGACUCUGGCAAAUGGACACCAACGCGUGGCGAUACUGCCCUAACGGUUAGUGUUUGCGCUGGAAUCGAAAUUGGCGCCUGGCUCCACUUCCAUUUGGACGAAUUUCAGCAACCCGCGCAACCACCACCGUACGAAAUCAUUUGGCCUUCCUAUAGCAUGUUCGGUUUGCUACUGCUGCGCACCGUUCUCGGUCUUUGCUGCAUCGUAGCAUCGCGCGCAUUCGCAAAGUCCAUCUCGUACGCGUUCGUUUGCUUCAUACUAGGGCGGGACAAAAACGAACUGCGCCGGUCGGAAAAUACGCUCGAAAACAAGAACAAAAUCAUUGUCGAGUUGUCGUACAAACUGUUCACGUACGGUGUGAUUGGGUUCAACACACAGUACCUGCUGCCGAGCGUGUUCAAACUGCUCAACAUUGGCCGACCGGAUUUCUACACGGAAAUCUAAUCAAAUGAUACAACACGAAAUGUAUGCAUCUAGCGGAUCGAAAUCGCAUCGAAGCACAUUCCAUCCACGAACGCCCAGUCACAGUGACCAUACUUGUAGCAUGUAGGCAAAUCACACUUAGAAUCACAUUUCUUCCAAAACAAACGAUAGGGUACCGACAGGACGGUACAGUUUGCGGGGUUUUUUACGCCACACCUUCUCCACUAUCUUGUUAAUCGCCUUUUUGCUUCUAUAGCGUUGGCUAGCAGCAAGUGCUACCUACUAUCCACUUGAUCUUCAAUUUAUUCCAGCCGAAUCUUUCUUGCAUAAUCUUAAUGCAUUGAACAUUUUAUAUAUAGAAAACUAUUAGGAAAGGAAAUUAUGUUUCCCCUUUUUCAACUAUAUAGCAGAAAGUUUCCAAAAGCAGGGUACGCUUAAAUGUAACAGUUACACGCGUAGGUAGUCAGCAGAGUGGUGUUACACGUUGUAGUUUUUAGAACAAAAUCAGAACUCUCACAAAGUUCGCGCGUUCGUUCAAGUGCUUCCCGUAGCCGUGAGUAUAUAGAAUGAACAACGCUUUUAUAGUAAGAGUAAGAAUAAUGCAGCGUUAGAGUCCUAUUCCGUACAAAGGAAAAUCCAUCACUACAGAGCUUAAAUAUCGCCACAACGAACAGAAAAGGAAUGAAAUUCAUACUGCCAGUAGAAGAAGCAAUUGGAUCGGAUGUUAGUUCAGGCUCUCCUCUCACGAGUGAAUAACUGGCCCCCAACGUUAAAGGUGGGUUCGGAUGCAAAGUAUUCUAGUCUAAACAAAGCAACGAGCGAAAACAUCAGUCCGUGGAAAGGUUUGAAUGUAUCCGCGAACCUUUCGGCUCUCGGUGUAGGUUGCAAAAUCAGUACAACCGUACUGUAAGUUAGUGUUUAGACAAACGGUUCAUCUCCCUGUGUCCCAGAAAGGGGGAGAUUUUAUUGUAUCCAAAAUGGUAGAUAAAACCAAACAAAGCAAAUAAUGAAGGGAUACAAUGAUUUUUUGCAGCUUUUCUUAUCCUCACGAAAUUCACGCAAUUUGUGUGUAGGAAUCGUCUUUCAUGAAAAUAAAUGAUCACAUUU